GCAGGGAAGGAAGUGAAGGAGCGGAUCAGUAACCCCGUCAUGGAGAAAAUCCCCUUUUUGAGGGGUUGUGAGGACGACGACAGUGACGAAGAGGAGGAUAUGGAAGGCCUGUCCCUGGAGACUCAGCGGCAGCAUAAGAAGCAGCGCGUAAAGCUCGCCAACAAGCCCCUGAUGCCCGAAGUGGAGGAUGAAGACGACGACGAAGAUUCGGAGGACGCCCUGAGCGAGUUCGACUACUUGGGCUCCGGGGAAAACGGGGAAGGAUCUGGGGACACGCGGCGUGCCGGGGAUGGCAACGAACUGGGGCCCCGCAGGGUGAAGCUGCAAGGGAUGCUGGCUGAUCUCCACGACGUUGAUGGACUCUCCCCUAAGCCUUCCAUGCCACCAGCCAUGACUCCUCAGCCCAGGUCCCACGAAGGGUCGCUGGGCUUCUCCUCCGAUGUCUUCAUCAUGGACACCAUCGGAGGAGGGGAGGUCAGCUUGGGGGACCUCGCAGACCUGACCGUCACCAACGACAACGAGCUGAGCUGCGAUCUCUCGGACAGCAAGGACUCUUUUAAGAAGACCUGGAACCCCAAAUUCACCCUGCGGAGUCACUACGACGGCAUUCGAGCUCUGGUCUUCCACCACCGGGAGUCGGCUUUGGUCACCGCCUCGGAGGACGGGACUCUCAAGCUGUGGAACCUUCAGAAGACGGUGGCUGCCAAAAAGAACGCUGCGCUGGAUGUGGAGCCCGUCUACGCCUUCAGAGGACACAGGGGCCCGGUGCUUUCGGUGGCCAUGGGUUGCAACAGCGAGACCUGCUACAGUGGGGGAUCAGACGCCAGGAUCCGCUGUUGGAAGCUCCCCGAUCUGGGCAUGGACCCUUACGACGGCUACG